AUGUCCCAAAGCAACUAUGUCGGCGUAAACAUCCCGAGCAUUAGUCAGACAUUCGGCGGCAGCGCCUCGGCCAGCUGGAGAGAUGACUUCCACCUGCGUGCCGCCGCCGAUGCAUCCCGGCCGCCUGCCAUCCUCAGCUGGCGUCCGCACCAGAGCAGCUUCAGCCCAAUCCCGAAGGAGCAAGCUCAGAGACAGUCUCUUCCGAAGCUGUGGGACGUUGUAGGCCCGAAGGAGAACCUGAUAGCCAGACCGAAAGAGCCCGAACGGGCUGUCACACCUCCCAAGCUCCGCGUACCGCUCUCUCCCGCGCCAGCAUCUCGAGCAAACCAGGCUAUCAGGGCAGCGCCGAUCGUGGAUCUGACACACUCGAGAAAGCGAAAAUCGGAUGACUUUAGAGAGGUCUCAAAUUGGGUGAACGAUCCGUACAGCAACCCGUGGAUGCCUGCGGAGCGUGAGGUGUCGCGGCUCCCACCAGCAAAGAGAUACAAGAAGAUCGACACGGGCGCCAGAUCUGUUGCCUCCACCUCCCGGACGGUAACUGGGCAAGAUCCGUUAGAUGUGUCUGGCAUCCGCUUGGCCGGCGAGGAGAAGGACGGUGUGGAAGUCUUUGACACCUGCGACACAGUCCGGAGGAAGAUCCGCGCCUUCUUGAGAAACUCGGGUAUCACUCAAGCGGCCUUCCUUCGCGCUCUAGCUCAGACAUUCAGCGAUGGCCGCAAGCUACAGGGGGCCCAGCUGAACCGUUUCCUGAGUCUCAGCGGCCCCACUGCAGGGAACACGAGCGGUAUCUUCUAUGCGGCAUACGUUUUCUUCGAGAAGGUCCGCAUCCGGGACGGCAAGCCCAAGAGCACCGAUCGUCUCGAGAUGGAGCGGAUCCACCCGAGCGGGAUGAACACGACCGAGAUUAGGAAUUACUUCCUCACGAUACACAAGGACGAGCAAAUGGUGGAGGAUAAGUUCGGGAGGAUCAAGUUCAUAUAA